CCCGCUGUUUACACCUCAACAACACGUUUGCCUCAGAUUACUGCCGUCUUUGGAAGUAUGUGAAUUCAGGUUAUUUUUUCUGUGCGUUAAAAGUCAUGACGAUUUACAACAAGAAUGGAAGCUUAGCAGUAACACUAGUGCAACAAUUGACAACAGCAACUACCAGAACAGCGCAGGCAAUGAACAAAACCAAUGUUACAGGCGGUGCAGCCCCCGGUCCCGGUGUUGGCAUACAACUUGACGAUGAGGAUGACUUUGCCGAACGGGAUGUAGAUAAAUGGAACAAUGUGCAGAAAAUCGUCGUGAUUCUUUAUGACGUGAACAUUGCAUUUGCCAUUAUCCAAUCAGUGAUAGGCCUACUUCUAUUCCUCACUAUCCUUGACAAGAACCUGCGGGGAAAAUCACAAAUGUGGUACCUGUAUCACUUGACGUUACUCGUUAUUUUCACCGGACUUUUUCUUCACCCAUUUGCACACGGUGAGAAUUAUACAAAGGACAAACAGAGUUGUUACUUUUUGAUGUACAGUGCGGAGUAUAUCUUUUUUGGUGUAGGGAUGAACGUUAUUCUAGUAAAUUUGGAAAUAUUUUUCACAAAGAUUCUUACGCUUCAGAAAUGGGAGUCUAACCCGUUCUACAGAUUUUUAAUGUCGAUGGCGCUCGGGUGGCUUAUCGUCUGUAUGAUUAUUUCCCACGUGAUUAUCAAUAACAAUUAUGGAAGUCAGGACAAAUACAAGUUCUGUUUUGUCCUCAAAGACCUAUCAGUUCGACGGGCAAGAAUUGUCUUUCGCGCUCUCAUACCGGCAAUCGUCUGCUUCCUGUUUUUAAUUUGCACCGUAGUUACGUAUUACCUGAAACGGUCACGGAUCACUUUUACGACAAUGACUGGUGAGUUGAAGGAAAUCCGGACAGAGAGCCGCGACGACGAAUCACAAUGGCUUAUGUGUCAAGUCUUCAUAAACAUUGUGUAUUUGACUCGAGCACUAACCAUUGUGGCUUUACACUUCAACGGUAUCAUACGUACUCCGGAUGAAUAUUUAGUUGUUGUAUUUGUUAUAUUUGUUCAUGUACAAACACUGUACACUUUACCAUUCUGCAUGUUUUUCAUUUACGACGUGCGCCAGUCACUGAAAUGUCUCCUACUCAAGGUCAUACAAAAAUUGUCGUUUGGUAAACUAAGGGUAGGAGAUGACUUGGAGAAUCUGGCUGUAAGUUUUGGAAACCCAUCCCAUGUCGGGACCGAUUAGGAGAUUAAUUUUGAGUAUUACAUUAACUUAAACAUAUAAUGAUGAAGUUCAAGCUUCGUAAUAGAUUUAUUAUCAAUGAUAUACUAGUAGUUUCCAAUAUGCAUAUAUUUGUAUACAACAAUUAAACAGAUAUAUAGUCGUA